CGGUGUCGGCGGUGUCGGCAUGGGGCGGGCGGCGCUGGCCCUGUGGGCGCUGGUGGCGGGGGCUGCCUGCAGCCUGGAGCUCGCCGCGGCGGGCGGCGGGGCAGGUGCAAAAUGGAAAGCAUUAACUGACCAAAUUAAGCAAGCCGUGGAAGCCUAUAAGCCAUGUGUAAAGGAGAACUGCAGCUGCCACCAAAGUGUCUGGAAGCAGGACCUGGCUCCUUUCCGAGGUGGCAUUUCCAAGGAGAUGAUAUCGGAUGCGGUGAGCCGCAAGCUCGGAACACACUACCAAAUCAUUAAGAACAAACUGUACCGUGAGCAGGACUGCAUGUUCCCUGCUAGGUGCAGUGGAGUUGAGCACUUCAUUUUGGGCAUCAUCAACCUCCUCCCUGACAUGGAAAUGGUGAUCAAUGUGCGAGACUACCCCCAGGUUCCCACGUGGAUGAAACCUAUUAUCCCAGUCUUCUCCUUCAGUAAGACACCCGAAUACCAUGAUAUCAUGUACCCUGCCUGGACAUUCUGGGAAGGAGGACCAGCUGUUUGGCCAAUCUACCCCACGGGCUUAGGACGCUGGGAUCUCAUGAGGGAGGACCUCAGAAGAUCUGCAGAGAAAUGGCCGUGGGUGAAAAAAAUCUCUAAAGGCUAUUUCCGAGGAUCCAGAACAAGCCCUGAGAGAGAUCCUCUCAUUCUGCUGUCUCGGGAAAACCCAGAACUUGUUGAUGCUGAGUACACUAAAAACCAGGCUUGGAAGUCUGAAAAGGAUACCUUAGGGAAGCCUCCUGCAAAGGAAAUUCCACUGGUUGAUCACUGCAAAUACAAGUAUCUCUUUAAUUUCCGGGGAGUGGCUGCCAGUUUCCGCUUGAAGCACCUUUUCUUAUGUGGCUCACUCGUCUUUCAUGUUGGAGAAGAGUGGUUGGAGUUCUUCUACCCACAGCUGAAGCCUUGGGUCCACUACAUUCCAGUGCCAUCAGACCUCUCCAACAUCAGGGAGCUGUUGCAGUUUGUAAAGGAAAAUGAUGCCAUAGCACAAGAAAUUUCAGAGAGGGGACGCCAAUUCAUCACUGAACACUUGAAGAUGGAGGAUGUCUCUUGCUACUGGGAGCAUCUGCUGUCUGAGUAUUCCCAAGCCUUGACUUACAAAGUGAAAAGGAAGAAGAGCUACGGCGAGAUCACUUCUGAAUGGCUGAAAACAGAACUGUAGAGACUUCCCUGUUUUUCUCUUCAGCUCAAACUGAUCUUGGUGGAAAUCUGAAGAUCAGUAUGCUUUCCUUCUUGUUCUCUCAGACUUACUAUCCUUUACACUACAACUACAGAGAACAGCAGUAGGUUAACUUUGAAACUGCUCCCAUAGAGUGGACCUGGUUACACUUGCCGUAAGAUUAUUCAGGAGAAAGUUGAUGAUGGGUAAUGGGAUGGUUGUAGCCAUUCCUGGAAAGGAGUGGUUAGCAUUUGGGACUUAAUUGCUACCUGUCUCAGAAGGAGCCUUAAUCCUGUUCAGUCAGUGAGGAGCCUUUCUGUUAAUUUUGCUGGACUUUUUACCAAGUGCUCUGCAUUCAUGGGCAAGGUACAGAGGUUGACAGCUACACUCAUCUGGGAGAUAGAUGACCUCUUUUAUUUGCAACUGGUCAGUGUUUUCUCACCGUGAGAUAUUAAGGUGUUCUCUGACAGAAGCAGGUAUUAGGAUUUGGGGUUAACUUUUUAGAUAGCUUAGAGCUUGGAGGUUGAUGGUGAGGCUUUGAUGUGCCAUUGAAUGGUUCCUUGCACAAUUAAACUACCUACCUCAUAGGAGCAUGCUAAGCCUGAGUAGCAGACCAACAGUUGGCAACCGAGGUCCUCCAGCAGAUGAGCCAGGUGCCUGCACAGCUGUGCAGAACCGAGCCCCUGUCAACACCCUCCUGCUGCUCAGCCCAGAGAAAGCACAUGCAGAGGUAGAGUCAGCUCUUCUUUUCAUCCAGUUAUCCACAGGUUCUCUGCUGUGACCUGUAAGCUUUCUAAGGUUGUUUUGUGGGGUGUUGUUGAGGUUUUCUGAGACUGCUAACACAUCUGCUCACUUCAGUAUUUGCUUUUCUUUCCUGCUGUUUUUACACUCUUCAUCUCUUUCAGUAUGGUUGAGGGAAUGUCUUCAGCCACACAGUGGCAGCUAGUCCUCACACUGCUGGUUUUGAGGUCAGUCACAGGCUGUUUGCAUUCACAGAGUCAUAGGAUCAGCCAGGUUGGAAGAGACCUCCAAGCUCAUCCAGUCCAACCUAGCACCCAGCUCUGGCCAAUCAACCAGACCAUGGCACUAAGUGCCCCAGCCAGGCUUGGCUUCAACACCUCCACCACCUCCCUGGGCAGCCCAUUCCAAUGCCAAUCACUCUCUCUGCCAACAACUUCCUAACAACAUCCAGCCUAGACCUCUCCCAGCACAACUUGAGACUGUGUCCCCUUCUGUUGCUGGGUGCCUGGCAGAAGAGCCCAACCCCACCUGGCUACAGCCUUCCUUCAGGUGGUGGUAGACAGCAAUGAGCUCUGCCCUGAGCCCCCUCUUCUCCAAGCUGCACACCCCCAGCUCCCUCAGCCUCUCCUCACAGGGCUCUGCUCCAGGCCCCUCACUGCCUUCCUUGCCCUUCUCUGGACACCUUCCAGUACCUCAUCAUCUUGAGGAGCCCAUAACUGGACACAGCACUCAAGGUGUGGCCUGAGCAGUGCUAAGUACAGGGGCAGAAGAAGCUCCCUUGUCCUGCUGCCCACACUGCUCCUGAGCCAGCCCAGGAUGCCACGUUACUUACGCUCACUACAGCUGCUCAACCCAGAGGAGGUAUCAUUUCUGAAAUACUCUGGCCCUUGGGAGGCCAGGUAGGAGGCAGCAUCUCUGGCAAUCGGGCAGAAGAGUGUGGGCAGCAGCAGGAAAUCCCAGGAGGGCUGUUGCCUCCCAUGUGAGCACCCUUGAUUGUAAAGCAGCCUCAGCUUAGGAAGAGAAUGAUAGCAACUGCUCCUGCUGUCUUCUGCAAUCAGUUUGAGUCAGAGGAGAGGAGAACACUGCAAGGGCCAGUAACACUAAGUGCACCUACACACAUCUGUGCUCACACAGGCUUCCCAAGCCCCGAUGCAGCAAGGCAACUAUGAGAACUCUUCAAGCACCAGAGAAGCACCAGGUGGCCAGAACAGCAUGCUGAUACAGGCACUUGCCUUGUCCCAGCCUCCUGAGGCUAGCUGACCCGGGAGUAGAGAGUAGCCUGGGCUUGAGGAUAGGAACUGUGCAAGAGUUGGAAGGGCUGUUAUGGGUUUGUUCUUUCAGUCGGUGGAUCGACAGUAUUCUGAGGAACUGAAGCAGUUGUGUGUUUUUAAACCAUUUUUACUGAAGUGCUUUUGGAAUAAAACAAAGAAAACGA